GCUGAUACUAAUUCACUUUACUAUCGAAGAUUGGAGUAUCGAGAGCUUUGAUUCGGUAAAUGACUAGCUAUAUCUCGCCACAGGCAGGAAGUCCUGCACCGGAAUCGACAGUUAUAACGCUAGCGCCAGAACCAAACAUUCUUCAUUCAUGUAUUAAUCAAAGCGGGAAGAUUCGAAAAAAGAAGCCAUAUGCUUUGAGUAACCUUCAAGAUUUGAAAAUACAACAAGGGCUUAUCAUAAAAGAUCUUUUGUUCUCCUUAUUGGGGUUUGAAGGUUCGUAUAUACGCUACAGUGAAAGGUACGAUGCAUCGGAAGUUGAUUUUAGAAUAAAAGGUCCAGAUUUCAAAAUUGCUAAACACCUAGACGUGAGUUUAAAAAUAAUAACUAAGUCUUUGGUUAGGUACGGGAAAUAUUACUCUGGUCUUGUCGGGUUUUUGGAGUAUUAUGAUCAACCUGAUCACGGGAAGAUUGUUCAAAAAUUAUGCUAUGUUAUAACUAAUUUCUUACAGAAAUACCAGCAAGUGAUAAUUGAAAUGGAGCAGCAGUAUAAAUUCAAUGCCAAGUUUAACUUGAGUGCUCUUGAAAAUUCAUUGAAUCAAGAAAUUGGUACAGAAUUGGCCCAUAUAUAUGAUCUAAUAAUCAGUAUACACGAUGAAACCAUGCAAAGACAGGCAUUAACGAAUCAAGAGAAAAAUGAACUAUAUGUACUGAAUUUUUUUCAAAAUAUUCAAAAUGACUUACAGCAAACAGGUUCAAUAGAUUUUUCCACCGAUAAUAGCAAAUUCAAUGUUUGCAAAGGGGGGUUGGUAUUGCAAAUUGUUCAAUCAAAAAUAAUAUCAUAUAAAGGUGAUCCUGUAUCACUUUCUUUCUUAACUUCAUUGUUUGAUUCGAUAAGUGCAGACUAUGUUGAAAUGUUAAAUCAAUGGUUAAUGAAUGGUGAAAUAGAUGAUCCAUUCGAAGAAUUUUUAAUAAAACAGAAUAAACUUCCAGAUAGUUUAAGCCAAAUAUUUCAUUUUAGUAUGGAAAAAUACUGGGAUGAACUAUACAUGACUAAAUCAGAUGGGCUAAUAGAUCAAUUUAAAAGUAAAGAGAUUCAGUUCAAGAUUCUAUCAACUGGGAAAUUAUUGAAUAUUUUCAAAACUUGUACUGGCCUUGAUAACUUUGAAAAUUUGAAUGAAAAUUUAAAUCCAAUCCACAGUUUAUAUGCUCAAGAUUUUGAAUUGAAAAUUAGCAAGUUUUAUGAACGUGCAAAUAGACUAUUUUUGAAAUUGACCUUUGAAGGUUACAAUUUUAAUCAGCUAAUAGACCAUCUCGAAACCACCUAUUUAUUCAAAGAGUCUUCUCGAAUUGAUUCAUUUUUAGAUAGAUCUUUUAACGACUUGAAAAGAAACAAGCAUACUGUUUCAAGUUCAAGAUUGAUCAAAAGUUAUAAUGAUAUUUUCCAUGCGGGUCUUAAUGAAUUUAACGUGAUUCUGCUUGACGAUAAUGAACCCCAAGAUAAUUACCAAGGGAAUAUUUUUUCUGGGUAUGAAUCGUUUUCUAUAGAACCUAUCAAUUUUUUUGACACUGCAAAGGAAAUCAUCAACGUGACUACGUUUGAUGUCGAAGAGGAAUUAAAGGGAGGGGCAACGCUGAAAACCUUGAAAUCUCUAAUAAAUAAAGCCAUAGGAGAAAGAGAGCUAAAUCUGGCUCAGGAAUCUUCUAAUAGUGAUCAGGCAAUGUACGAUCCUGAUCAUUUUGAUGAUUAUGCCAUGAACGCUGUGAAUCUUGAAUUGAAGCUUCCUUUCCCAUUGAACUUGAUUAUAACGGAGAAUUACACUUUUGAAUAUCAAUUGAUAUUCAAGUUUCAAAUUAUAAUAAAAUUUAUAAGCAAACUUUUGGAUACUACUUGGAAGGAAAUAUCGUAUUCUACUGUCUGGAAAUACUCGAAAUUUAGCAAUAAAAUAAAAAAAUGGGCUUUAAGAUGUCGAAUCUUGCAUAAUAGAAUGAAGGAUCUCAUGAACGAAAUACAAAGCUAUAUAAAUUACGAAAUAAUUGAUCACAAUUCAAAUAACUUGAAACGAUACUUAGUUGGUAUCGAAAAUAACCUACAUAAAAGAAAAUUAGGUUCAUCUGAAUCUCCACCACCUCCAACCGGUACGCAGUCCAUAUUUGGCAAUUCAGGAAUUUCCCAUCAUAAGUCUGCGUCCUUAAACAUCACUAAUAAUCAAAAUAAUAAUAUUUUUGACCAAAAAAUCUUUGCUCAAUCAACUCGUCAUGUUAAUGGUAAUGAUAUCAAUGGAAGAUCACGUCAUCCAGCCAAUGGGAACCAGACAAAUAGUAACCAGAACCCCCAAGAUCAAAUAAUUGAAGAAAGCGAUAUUGAUGUUUAUCGCUUAAGUUAUAAGAUUGGAUCAUUUCUCAAUAAUUUAUUGAGAGAUUCAUUAAUUACAAAUCGGGUAUUGAUCGAUUCAGUGAAGAACUUAUUUGACGUAAUAAUUCUGUACAAUAAUCAUUUACAGAGGUUUAGAAAACCGAUUAUUUUGAUUAAUGUUGAGUUAUUUGAACAAUUUAGUCAAGUUUACCCUGAUAAAUUUGCAAAUAAAAGUAUGGAUGAAGACGCGAUAAAUAAACGAUUUGAUAAUUUGAAUCAAUUGUUGAACGCUCAUUUCGAGUUAUUCAACCUGGCUCUUACUGAGUUUAUAGUAAACUUAAAGAGUCAUGGUGAGUUGGAAAACCAACUGUUUUCCAUCUUAAUUGAAAGAUUAGAAAGGUGUUUCCCAGAUCGUCAAUAA